AUGUCGUCUGUAUCGGAAAAGCUGUCAGAGCAGCUGAUGAACCACCCGUUCCACAGUGCUCUGGAGCUUUUCUUUGCCGCCCUGCUAGCGUAUUUUCUGCUGCAGCGCUUCCAUCGCCGCGGGAGGGGGAAGCCGCCAAAUCUGAUGAGCAGACUGUCCCCUGAGGAGCAGGAGCGUCGCCUUGCCGCCUUUCAGUCCAUUCCGUUCCGUGCCGAGUGCUCGGUAACGUCGAACGUGCCCGUGCCGGAGUACUACGGGCUGACUGAGGUGGUCGGACGCGAGGGGAGCCACAUUACCAUUGUGCGGCCCGGCUCAUCGGAGGUGGAGGAGUGCCUAGACUUUGCCACCUACGACUUUCACUCGUUCUCAACGCUGCCGGAGGUCGUUGAAGUUGCGCGGGCAGCCGUGAACGCCUAUGGCGUGGGCAGUUGCGGGCCUCGCAGCUUCUACGGCACCAUCAAGCCACAUCUUGUGGUGGAGCAGGACCUGGCUAAGUUCCUCAAGACGGAUGACGCGGUUGUGUACAGCUUCGCAUAUGCCACCGUGGCCACCCUCAUCUCUUGCUUCUCCGGCCGCGGCGACUACCUUGUGUACGACGACGGCGUCAGCUCCUCCGUGAUGGAGGGCUGCAUGCUUUCUCGCUCUGACAUUCGGCCGUACAAGCACUGCAGCAUGAAGAGUCUGGAGGAGCGGCUCCAGGAAGUGGUGGCGAAGGACGGGUACAGCAAGCCUCACCGCCGCUUCGUUCUAACGGAGGGCCUCUUUUCAAACACGGGCGAGAUCUGCCCGCUGCCGCAGAUCUUGGAGCUUUGCCACAAGUACAAAUUCCGUCUCCUGCUGGAGGACAGCCACGGCUUUGGCGUGCUGGGCAAGUCGGGGCGCGGCACUCCUGAGGAGUUUAACAUCCCGACGAUGGACGUGGACGUGUACAUUGGGAGUCUGAGUACGUCCAUGGGUGCGGUUGGCGGCUUCUGCGCUGGCGCGUCGAACAUGAUUGACCAUCAGCGCGUCACCGCCACAGCGUACGUGUUCUCGGCGGCGCUGCCCCCCUACAUCACGGCCGCCGUCUCGCAGUCACUCGCCGUGAUGGCGCGUGAUGACACGUUUGUGGCCAAGCUGCGGAAUCACGCGAAGCGCAUGCGCAGACACCUCCGUGAGGCCGGGUUCAAUGCUGAGAAGAUCAAGCUGGUGAGCAGCUUUGACGACGCCUCUCCGGUGAUCCUUCUUGCGGUGGAGCGGGCCUACGUCAAUCGUGAGGGGCUGGAAAAGGUGGAGAGCCGUCUCCAGCGCGUCAUCAAUGCCCUGCAGAAGAAGAAAGUGGCGGUCGUGCGAAACGUCUUCACAAGAGAUGAGCCGGUGAACAACGUCUCGGGACUGCGUAUUGUGGCUAAGAGUCUGGCGACGGAAGCCGAGGUGACGGCGGCGCUCGAGGCAAUCGAGACAGCCGUCAAGGCCGAGUUUGCGUAG